CUGUAAUGUAAACAGAUCAUUAAAUAAUACACAAACAAUAAAAAAACUGUGAUAUAUUAAUAUAGGUCUAUAAAUAUAGUAUACUACAAUAAAUAGAUAUGGUAAUAAGCACGGGAAGAAGUACAAGAACAAUCCUCUUAUUAAUAGGAGGCGCUAUAGCUGUAGGAUGUUUAAUAGCAACAAUUGCAUUUUUAUUUAGUACACCAAGUACAGAAAAUAUUAAGAAAAAAGAAACUCCUAGAGCAUCCAGUAAUUCUAACACAAUCAACACAAAUAACUCAGAACAAAAAGAACCCACAAUUGAUAACAAUUUAGAAACAGAUAGUAACAUACAAAUAGAAAGAACAGAUUAUCCAUACAGUGAUUCUAGUAUUUCGAGCGAUUUAUGCAGUGAUUCUAGUAUUUCGAGCGAUUCAUACAGUGAUAAUACUCUACAAAAUUCUGCAAUUAAUACAAAAACAGAAGUUAAUAGUAGAUAUACAUCAUAUAUGUAUAGUGCAUAUAAAUACCAAAGAAUACUGCCAAUAAGUGACCCAACAGAUCCAAAGCCAAAAUUAUCUGUUGGUACUUCUAAUGCUAUUCUGGAUAUACAGAAAGUGAAUUAUUCAUUUGACCCUAAGAUUUACAUAAACACAGAAGAUUUAUCUGCCGAUGCAAUAUGCUAUUAUUUAGAUACUGCAUUAGACUGUUUAAGUGAUAAGAACGAUUUCUGGGGACUUAUAAAGAACAUUGGAUCUAAUAUUCAGGAAAGAACCAAAAUAGUAAAUGCUAUAUUGCUUUUAUACAACAUGAAAUCUCCUAAUGAUUUUAAGAACUCAUUUGAUGAAUUAUUCGAAAAUAGUUCUAUUGAUAUUUACUUAUUUCAGGAGUUACAGCAGUUUAUUAAUAAAUUUGGACCAAAGAUGUAUACGAAAGAGGAAGAUCUAAAUAAGAUACAUUUAGAUAGUGAAUUCACAGUGGGAGAUAUCAUAGAAAGUAAGAACAAGUAUAGCAAAGUAGAUUCAGACCAUUAUAAAAUAUUUAUUCCAUUAAGUAGUGGCAAUAAUUCUUGUUUUUUAACUGUAGCUAUUCAAAUGUUAUUAAAUAUUCCAGAAAUUCGCAGCGAUUUAAUUACUGCGAUAGAUCAUGAUCUAAUAGAACAUUUAAAGAAAGCAAUAUGUACUUUUUAUUUAAAUGAUUCUAAUUCAUUGAAUAAUAGCAUAGAUAAAAUUUUCACAUACAAUGAUGUUUUUAAUGUGGUUACAAAUCUAUUCGAGUUAUUACAUGAAGCGAUUAAAGAUCCAAAAUGUAAUGAUAACCCGAAUGAAAAUGAAGAACAAAAUGAAGAACAAAAUGAAGAACAAAGUGAAGAACAAAGUGAAGAACAAAAUGAAGAACAAAAUGAAAAACAAAAUGAAAAACAAAAUGAAAAAUCCGAGUUAUUGAAAACUAAAAGGAACGAAAUAUAUAGCAUUCUAAAUACGAAGUUCAAUUACUCUAUAGACGGUACAAAUAAUUACUUUAAUACAGAAUCUGUGUAUGCGUGUUUAUACAAUAUAAUGUGUUUAUUUUAUACAAUGUGUCCUGCCUACAAUAAUAAAAAAGUAGAAAUAAGAGGUAAAAGAGUUAUCAAAGAAGAGGAAUAUUCUAAGUACUUGAUUAAAUAUGUCAUUAAUUCAGAAGAUAGUUUAGAUUUAGUAUGUGAGGAUUUAUGUGUUAUCAAAAAUCCAGAAAUUUACAUAGUAAAUGAAGCCAAAGAACUUAAUCCAGUGUUAAAUGGCAUAAGUCUAUAUUCUAAGUCAUCUAUUAUAGAAAAUUAUUUCUUCUCUGCAUAUUAUGUGGACAAUCAAGAACAGAUAAGAAAGCCCGUGUGGUAUCCUGGGUUUAACCAAUUCCAUAAACUAUCUGCACUUAAACACUAUAUACACAUGUACUAUAAUAAACCUGAGGAUAUGAUCCAUUUGUUCUUAUACAACAAAACAAAUCAUACAUGGUCAUACGAUGCUCCAAGUAAAACCAAAAUCAUUAAAGAUGUACUGGACGAUUCAUGCAUUCCUGUUUUCUAUUACAUUCCAGAAACUUUCGGGCCAAAUAAGAUUACUCCAUCAUUUUUAUUUGUACAAUUCAAGAAUACAUCAGAAAAAGAAAAUUCAAAUAGUCUUCAUCUUCCAUUAUUUUUAAGUAAGCUACAAGUACUACUUCUUAAAAAAAUACUUGUAGAAAACAGUAAAAAUACAGACUAUACUGGAUUCAUAGUUGAUCCUAUGAAAUUAAAAAACCACACACCAUAUACUUAUAGCUAUAAAAGCACAAAAAACAUUUUAAUAUACAGCACUCUAUUGAUUAAUGACUGCGAUAAUCUUUUCUGUCCAGACCACACUAAUAUUGAAUUUGCAGUUACUGCAAAUUCUAUUAAAUUAGAAGAUGAUAGUAUCACCAGUCCCAGCAUAGCAUUUUAUGCAAAGAAGCCAGAACUGUAUAGAUACUACACUAUUCGAGGCGCAAGUGACAUAACAACCCAAACGAGUGUAAUUAGAACAUUUGAAUUAAACAAAAAUUCAUAUUAUGCGGUUAACUCAAUAGCAUUGAAUAUAAACAAUAAUCAUUAUAUGACAAAGCUGUUCUUUAAUCCAUGGAAUGGUGAAACACCAUCCAGUUAUUUCUGUGAUGGAAUCGUCAAAGACAGCGUUAAUCAUGCAUUGAAGCACAAAGAAAAUGUAGAAAUGUAUGAAUGUGUUUCUAUAUGUUCAACUCUAGAUAAUAUUGAGUAUAAUAUACCAAUUAUAGUACAAGCAUGUAAUUUGUUAUGUGAAGAUACAAGUGCUACUGUUGUAUGCUAAGACUAGCAUAGACCUACGGCAUACAUGAGUUACAUUGAUAAGUGGUUAACGCGACAACAAAUACGCAAAUAUAACAUUGUUUGGGUGGUUGACAGAGUAUACGUUCAAUACAAAACAAAGUAAGGAACUCAACUAUAAAGAGAGUUACAUUUUCAAUAAA